GCGCCGCACAGCCUCCAGUCACCGUCGCGGCUUCCGGUGCUAGGUGGAGGGAAGGAAGGAAGGAGGGAGCCGGGGAGCGGGGCCCGGGGAGCGGAGGCUAGCCGAAGUCGGCCCUGGGAGCUUGAAGGAGCGGAGAGGAGAGAAAGGGAGAGGGAGGAGAGAGCGAGCGCGAGGGCGAGCGCGCGCCGGGCGGAUCCUGCGGGGGCGGAGGCGGCGGUCGCGGCGGCGGAGCCGGGAGCUGGAGCAGGAUCAAGUCUUUCAGACAAGAGACCUGGUUUUAAGUCUGUUUUUAACCAGACUUCCACUGACCUCCACUUGGGCCCCACUAUCCUCAGAAAACAGCUGCUGUAAUCAUGGGCAAUAUCUUUGGAAAUCUUCUUAAGAGCCUGAUUGGGAAGAAGGAGAUGCGCAUCCUAAUGGUGGGCUUGGAUGCUGCAGGAAAGACCACCAUCCUGUACAAACUGAAACUGGGGGAGAUCGUUACCACCAUCCCUACCAUUGGGUUUAAUGUGGAGACAGUGGAAUAUAAGAAUAUCAGCUUCACAGUGUGGGAUGUAGGUGGCCAGGACAAGAUUCGACCCCUCUGGAGACACUACUUCCAGAACACCCAAGGCUUGAUAUUUGUGGUUGAUAGCAAUGAUCGGGAGCGAGUAAAUGAGGCUCGGGAAGAGCUGAUGAGGAUGCUGGCAGAGGAUGAGCUGCGGGAUGCUGUGCUCCUUGUCUUUGCAAACAAACAGGACCUGCCGAAUGCUAUGAAUGCUGCUGAGAUCACAGACAAGCUUGGCCUGCAUUCGCUGCGUCACCGCAACUGGUACAUUCAGGCGACCUGUGCCACCAGCGGGGAUGGGCUGUAUGAAGGCCUGGACUGGCUGGCCAAUCAGCUCAAAAACAAGAAGUGAGAGCCAGGCAGUCCUGUCCAACUGCCCCACCCACCCUGACAUACCUGUUGUGUCCCCACCCCAGCCCUUCCCACCCCUUCCUUCCCAUUGCAAGUGUGGCUAAGGCCUUGGGUAUCAUGUCCGCAUGCCCAGUAAGAGCCUUGCCUCCCCUUCCUCCCCUCCUCUCCUUUCUGCCCUAUCCACUGACAUGACCCAAUUGCUGUCCUGAUGAUGAAUCAUUCCAAUUUACUGGAUUUAAAACAAAAAUGAGGUUGUUAUGGUUUCAUGGGGUGCCCCUCUCUUCUUACCCUUUGGGUUUUGGGAAGUAGAAUGGGGUAUUCUCUCUUUGCAUUGUUUGGCACUGGUUGCUGUGCUCUUGGCAUCUGAGUCCCUUCCCUGUCUCCCCUCCCCCAGGCCCCUUUCCUACUCCAUCUUCCUUUCCUUCAACACCCUCUCCUCAUUCUACAUGGAAAUUGCACGGGCCUCUCUGUGUGUGCGUGCAUGUGUGCGCCUGUAUAUACAUGUAUAGAGAGAUAUAUAUGUGGGGCCAGGGGAAAGGUUGGGGGGAGCACAGCUCAGGGCUUACAGCCAGGACACUGCCCACUGGAGCCGGUCAUCUAUCCCUUCCAUGUUGGUGAACUGUAAGGAAGGUGGGAUGCUGGACUGCCCCAGUCUGAGACUCAUUUUUUCCUUUCUAUGGGUAGUUGUUUCUGAAUGAUAGGACAGAUGAUGGGUUCUACACAGUCAUCAGGGGGUGGCAUUUAUCUCUACAUGACUGUUUGCAAGGAAUACCAUUCUGCUCUGCUUGUUAGGAGAGAAGAACCCACUCAAGCCCAGAGUGUUCAACUGAUCUCUACCAUCCUUAGAUCUGUUCUUCAGGAGUUUAAGUAGGGGAGGUGGGGAUAGCAAGACUGUUGUAUGUUUUGAACCCAGGGUGUGGAUGGGUGGGAUAUGGUAUCAUGGGGAAGGCCUCAGGUUUUCCAUUUUCAUUCUCUUGUUAUUAGGAGGUGAAGCAUGGACAGGCCUGUUUCUAUCCUCUCCCCUUUCCGCUUAUCUUCUGAUCUUAAGGGCUGGGUGAUUUUAUCCUUUGUUAGAAGUUUUCUUGCCCUAGUAGUUCUGCUGGCCUGAUCAGGGCUGAGUGGGUGGUUUAAUGAGAAGCCACGGAGUGGGGGUGACGUAGCAGACCUCAAUAUCAAACCCUCUACUCUGAUUCUCUUUUUCUAGACCAGGACAAGCUAACCAAUGGAGGUUUUUUUUAAAAUUGUUUCCAGGCCUGCAGAUUAUCCUUGCUGUCUUCUCUUCUCUAGUCCAACAGCUUUCCUGGUCUUUUUUACCCAUUCCCAUUAAUGAAUCUGGGGAUUAGAGUGGAGGAUAAUGGGACCCUAAGUGCUUGUUGGUGCUGGUGGGAUGCAGUGGUCUUGAGGGUCCUCCCCUCACUAUCCUGUAUUGUUCAGAAGCUGCUGUUACAGUAUCUGUGUAGGGGGCACUUGUACUUGAGGUCCUGGCCUAGGGCCUGACUCACAGUUUCUGGGAAGCUGUGGCUGUUUGUAGGCUCCUGUGUGUAUGCUGGCUGUGCCCUGAGCUCCAAGACAGCUGCCUGUAACCUAUCUGCUAAAGUCAGGGCCCAGGGCCCUCAGCAUGACUGAGAGACCCCAGAAGGACUGUCCGAAGCCCUACUCCAUGGAGUCAGGCUUCCUGUCACCCUUGUCUAUAAACAGGCAGAUUCUUACCCCCUGACCCCACUCCAGAUGGACUGUGAAAGAUUUCAGGGGUAUCUCCCUCAGUGCCAGUUACUUUGUGAUGUGUUAUUAAGAUGUAGGUAUGUGCAGGUGUCCUGCUCUCUAGGCCUGUGUGUGUGUGUGUGUGUGCGUGUGCGCGCGUGUGUGUAGUAUGUGUGUGUGUGUAUAGUAUGUGUGUAGGGGGUUACUGGAGGUUGUAUUUUAUUUUACAAUGGAUUCAUUCCUCUGAUUCUACAGAUGCUUCCCUCCAUUUUUUUUUUUUGCUCUCCUGAUUUUCCAUGUCUUGCCUGUUGCCUCUUCUCCUCUGAAUCCUUUCCUUUGCUGCCUUUAUUCAUUCACUGCUGUUGCCUAUUUUUUUUCCUUCUCUGAUUCUCCACCCCACUUCGUUGUUGGUGAAGAUUUUGCCUCUUUUCCUGCCCUGUUACCUCUGAGACCCUCCCUAAGUUAGAUAGAUGCCAGUUCAAAAUAGGCUUUCCUUGCUUCAGGCCUCACCCAUUCCCUCUAUUUUGGGGGGCUGCCAGGACCAAUUUGGGGCUGCAGGUGCAAGGAAGCUGCCUUGGGGGUUGUAUUGUGCUGCUCCAGAUCUGUCCAGCAGGGGGUGGUAAAUGCUCUUGGUAGUGUCCCUGGCUCAGAGGCCUUUUGGGCAGGGUGAUUCUGUAUUGCCAUUCACCUUACAGCUGUUUUGGAACAGGGUGUUUAUUCCUAUUCUAUCCACUCCCUUCCUGGCUUUCUUCAGGUGGGUUUAAAUUUAUGCUUUCUCUCUCUUUCCAGCAUUCUUCCUGGGACUCCCCUUCCCCUCCCCCAGGUUUGUUUGUGGUGUUAUAGUGCUAAAUGCAGUUCUGAAGUGGUUUUUCUCCUUUUUCUUCCUCUGGAUAUAGACUGUAUAUGUUUAAUAAUUCACCUUCUCUAUCCUUGCUCAAAAUGUGGGAUAACGCAAUGACUGUGACCCUGGUUGGAAAUUAAACAUGUUUUAUGCA